AUGGAGGCUUUGCAAAGAAGUUCGACGUGGUUGUCGAACUACAGGGAAGCUGGAACAGACGCCAGCGAAUGGACGGCAGAAACGACUCUGGACGCCCACAUCGAGCCAGAGAGGGAUCCUUUCUGGUUGCUUUGCCCACUGGAGACGCCUCCGUCGAGUUCGAAACUCGCACCCGUCGAUGUUGACCUACGCUUCGCUAACCGCACGCUGCUGGAAACGUCGAGUUCGUCAACAACAGCAACGCCUGCAAAGCACCCGGCACGAACUGAGGUGCAAGGUCCAGUCAAAGGAGCAACCAUGGCGUCCUCCAGUGAGACUGCUUCAGUCGAUGACGACGAACAGAACGCUCGCCGGGGUGCUUUCGCUCCAGCCGCUGGGGCGACGAGUACGGCAUUGCUGAAGCGACCUACGUAUACGACCGCAACUGGAAACGCCCAGCUGCAGUUUACUGACAACCCAAGCGAUGCAGUACCCGCUGCGGGACAAGUGGAAAGUCAUGCGUCUACACCAACGCCAGUAGCCACUGUAGCCGUAGCAUCCUCGCCAGCGACGGAGGCAACAGAAUGCACGUCGACGUCGGCAGCAACGCUGACUAGUGCGCCCGACAGGGUCGCGAUGCGCUCCAAACCGCCAAACAGCGUGCCUCCGUCAGUUGAUACGAUGCAUCCACAUAUCGACAGGAGCAGUCAUGCAGCGAGCAUCAUACAGUCUUCACCCGUUGAUGCUUUGCUGCGAACAAGUCGCUCUUGUGCGACGUUGCCACUCCAGAAACGGUUGCGUCCAGCUAGUCUUCAGCAUGCGCUCUUGGCUCGCGGAGGAAAGCGGGCGUACCUGCCUCGCAGCGUCAGUGAAUGCACGAACUACUUUGCAGUAGGCGGGGCAACCUUGGAGGACCCCAGUCUCGUGAGUCUGAGUUUUCGUGAUCUAGAUAGUGACGCGAUAGGACUGGCACGAUACCCGUCUCUUACAGGCACGCAUUUGAAACUGAGUGCACGAGACCAUGCACAGCACCUGGUGCGCUCCGUUGAAGAUAUGGAUGGCGCUGCCGGUCGAGGCUCCGGCACGCAACAGACUCCCCGGAUGACGAUAUCCUCAGACUCAGGUACACGACCGGAUUCAAGCAUUGCGGUAUCGAUAGAAUCAAGUACACUGAAGGAUGCACUGGUAUCGCGGAUGCUCACUGUACGCGAUCCUCUGCGGUGGAAUCGUUUAUGCACGAUUCGUUACAACGCGUUCGAGUGGGUACUUCUGGAGUGGCCUCGCGGACCGGUUGCGUUCAUAGACGCCUUGUUGCUGGAUACGGAGCGAGGCGUCCACCAGUGGUGUAAGGUGCGCGCGCCGCCGCAGUGGCGACAACGCCAGUUUGCCCAGAGCGGUGCUCCAGAUCGCUCCAUGCUCGCUGUAGCCGUAGCGAACACACCUGCUGCAACGCCCGAACCUGUUACCGGGGUUCAGCAUCGUACCUCAGCAGCAGCAGCAGCAGCAUCUGAUGAACAACAGCCUAUUUGCCGUACGAAUAGGGCCGUGCGGAUGGCAAUCGCGACGAUCGCCAGCGGGUGUUGCGCACCUCGCAUAGACAUCCUUCAGUUGUGCUGGCGAUGUACAGACUCUUCUGGUCAGAGCCAGCACGACGGGCAAACAAGCGGAAGAACGCCAUCUCGGGGGGCGUCUUCGGAGCAGAGCCCACAUCAUGGUACAACUGGGGUGCCGCUCAUUGGUGACCUGCAAAUUCUCGCUGAGAUAGCGUUACCAACCCUCAGCAAAGUGCGCUCCCUUGCCUGGACAAGCAACGAUCAGUCACUGCUGGUCUCGGUCGCUAACAAGUGCAGCUAUCUGCUCCGGGAGCAGCGUCUCGGAUCCCUGGUACCAGAGCGGUUGCUGGUGGCAAUGCCAUCGGAUGCAACGCUGUGGCGGAUCGAGCGUCGUUAUGAUUCGGUUGUUGUCGAACAAGGAGCACGGUCCAUCUGUGCUUCAUCACAGGGAUACCAACAAGCACAGAAGGCACCUGGAGCGUCGAACGGGCCAGGCGGGUCAGUCGCUGCUCUUGCGUCGUCCACAGUGUGGCGAUACUCAAGCGGAUGGCCACAUACGCCGACCCUUGGGGUUUUCUCCUCAAGCGAGAAUCCAGCUGCGGGUAUCAGCAACGACUUGGUGCCUUCGCUCUACUGGUUCUAUGGCAGCGGGAUAGCUAGCGUUGCACUAGAUGCGAUUCCGAGUCCGUCAACGAAGGUACCGCGCUUCGAGCCGCUGCCUCGCUAUCGUUCGUCGAGCAGUGCAGCGUUCAGAGCGGAACCACAAUUGGCAGCUUGUCGAGUGACGCAUGUGCAUGAAAUAGCGGGGCAAGCAGCAACCCCACCACCGCUUUUCCUGAGUUGCACAGCGAGUCGCUUGUUGCUGUGGGCACCACGCGCUCAAGUUCUGCUUCCAGAGCACACUGAAGCAGGUGCACCGGCAACCUUGCCACCAAGGAAUGGCUCCGGUGCUCUCCAGCGUGCCACUUGGAACGAUAGCAGCGACCCUGCCUCGACAGAUGAUGCGCUUAUUUGCAUUCAUGAGUGGUUUAUGGUGCCCAUGCGUCCCCUGUGGCGUCGUGAGCGAACGCUUCGGCGACUUGCGAGCCAUCGAACUGCAGCGAUGUUUUGGUUAGAUGGGCUAGCGUGGCCGCUUAGAGGCGACUUUGGGGACAAGCGCUACCUGCUCGUAAUUGCUGCUGUAACUGGCUCGCGUUCGGGUCGUUCGGCGCUGCUCUGGGCGCUGCUGGUGUCGACUGCGGCGGAGACAGCCAACGUUGCGAGGGGAAGCGUGGAAUCCGCGCUCCACCGGCAUACAGGUCAUAGAGCGUUGCGUCGAACGGUAUGGCAGCUCGAACGUGCAGCCGAAGUGCCGCUUUGGGUACCGUUGCCGCCCCGUUGGCGUCCAACAACGGCUCCUUCCACUUCGACUGUGCAGUUGAUACCGACGGGGAUGCGACUGCUGCCCAGCACGAGCGAGAGCACGACCACCAACAAUCGCGAUAGCAUCCUCGCAUUGCCCUUGACGCGCUUUCAACUGGUGCAGUCGUGGUGCUGGCUAGCUGGAGAUAUGCCUACAGUACAGACGAUGCCGCUGAUGAGGUUCGCCUACACGCUAACCCCGCUGCUUGUACUGUUAUUGCCGCUGCGACCAGUUCAACCAAGCGCUGCAGAUCGACGAUACGUGGAACGUCUCCUGCGGCAGGUGCGGAGCGCUCGUCAACAGACGGCAUCUUCGCCAGGCACUGCUCCAGUGCUCUUCGCAAGUGCACCGACCUCGACAGGCGACAGGGCGUUACUGGCGUCGUCGCCCGAGCAGCUGACAGAGGUGCUGGCACUAGCAAGACGAGCGCGUAGGUUUGAAGUGCAUCCUGCUGCUGCCGCAGAAGUCGGCGUUGUAGAAGGAGCACAGCCUGUUCACGUACUGCAACAGCAGCGGCGUAUAUACAGCAGACCGGCGAUGGAUGCUCCACCGGAUUUCCCGCAUACAGAAGCAUUUGUGGAUUGGUUACGUGACCUGCCGCAGCGACUGGUCACCGGGGACGGUGACGCUCACGAAAGGGCGUCGAUGUCAUCCGGGCGGGGCCGGGGCGGGGCGUGA